AUGAUUGUUCUUCAAGCUCUGACCAGUAUCAUCUUUGCUGCCCUUAACGUACGCGCCGCCUCUCCGGAAGUUCGACUGGGGAAAACCACAUUGAUCGGAAGGGAUGUGACGCUCUUGAGGCAAGACUUCUUUGGAGGAAUCCCUUUUGCAGAACCACCUCUUGGGAGCCUGCGCCUCCAACCUCCAGUGUUGAAGACAAGUCUUAACACCACUACAUUUGAUGCUAGCAAUUUUGGAUUUUCGUGCUUGCAGUCAGGCAUUCCUAUUGCCGAGCUCUCGGAAGAUUGUUUGACUAUAAAUGUUUUCCGGCCGUCUGGGGUAGAAUCAAGUGCUUCCCUCCCGGUGAUGUUCUGGACAUACGGAGGGGGUUUCCAAGAAGGGACUUCGGCUGAAUUCAACGCAAGUGCAAUCGUAGCACAAAGUGUUGCCCGGGGGACUCCCGUUGUCUACGUGAAUUUCAAUUACCGCCUCGGACCCUUGGGUUUCCCUCAAGGACAGGAGGCGGCGAAUCGCAAAGUCUUAAAUUUGGCACUGCACGAUCAGAUUGCAGCUUUGACGUGGGUUCAAGAAAAUAUUGGUGCUUUUGGUGGGGAUAAGAACAAAGUCACAGUAUUUGGAGAAAGCGCAGGAGCAAUUAUGACGGCCGUCCAGUUCUUGAAUCCUUCAUUUGCAAAUUUUGCAAGAGCAGCGAUUUUUGAAUCAGGUUCAGCUGCAAGUGCUCUGACAUUUAACGCCCAGCACCGACAGAUAGAUUGGGAUAAUUUCGUCGCAGGAGUUCCUGGAUGUGCGGAGCUCUCGAAAACGGAAAAUACAUUCAGCUGUUUGCAAUCUGUCAAUACUACAGCCAUUUUGAGUGGUCUACUCGUCGCCCAGAAUGAAGCACCAGAGGAGUUUCCAUGGAGUCCUACUAUCGAUGGAGAAGGUGGUUUCAUCCCAGAACUUCCCUCGUUAAUCUUUGCGAAGGGGACGUUUGCGAAAAUACCAUUCAUCUCUGGGACAAACUUGGAUGAAGGAACACUCUUUAUUCCACCCACUACUGACUACACUGCGGAGGUCAUCACGGACCUCAUUAUAGCCAACUUUUCUCCGCCAGCCGUUCCCUCCGUCUCAGAAAAUCAGCUGGAAAAUGCAGCAACACGCUUGCUAGAAUUAUACCCAGAUAUACCCGCUCUUGGUUCGCCUUUCAAUACCGGAAACGACACUUUUGGGCUUAGUCCGGGAUAUAAAAGGAUCUCUGCUCUAUUCGGAGACCUCAGCUUCCAGUCCCAGCGAAGGCUAUGGAUACAGACAGCAAGUAAUGCGGGUGUGAAAACGUUCAGCUACCUGUUCACGCAGCCACAACCCACCAACCCGGCUUUCCUUGGAGUGUCUCAUGGGACAGAAAUUGCCUUUGUUUAUGGUGCUCCGCCAAACGCAACUGCUUCUGCCAUUGGAUUAAGCGAGGCAAUGAUUGACUACUGGGUUUCAUUCGCUACAAGUCUGAACCCGAACGAUGGAAAGGGCAUUCCUCGACUUAUGUGGGAGCAGUAUACUCCUCAGAAUCAAGUUGUCAUACAGUUGAACGGUGACAAUACGACCAUGAUACCUGACGAUUAUCGUGAAGCAGGAAUUGCCUUUAUUAAUUCAAUGCCUUUGACCUUUCACCACAGACGUUCCCUGUAAACAGACUAAUCUUGGAAUGACGCUUUGAAUUAAAAUGCAUUUACAUGUGCGGCUUCUUCAUUCGGCUCUGGGCGGCCUCCGUUCGCCUCAAAUUCUGGGCCCAAAAAUUUAGUUCUGAGGCUUGCUGGUGUUAUCAUGCAGACAAGAGGAUUAAAACGUGGGAUUUCCAGUUAUUGCGAGCGAAGCGAAGCAAUACUGGCUAGAGGGCUGAACCGGGAAGUAAACAAAUACAAAUUGUUGUC